CUCAGCUCGACCAAGUAGACCUCAGCUCGAUUGCCACCAGAUCUUCACACGACCAGAUCGUGAUGGUUGUACUACAGUCGUAUAAAGCGAUCUAAAAUAACUCUGGUAGAAGUCGAGUGGAUCGGGUACAGAGCUCGUGUAUGGUCGAAUAGCAAUUGUUCAACUAUGAUGUGAUAGAAUCAGCUAAACAACACCAGAUGUAACUCAAUAGAAACGGCUUCAGCUGUCAACUAUUCGAAGUGCCACAAAAUGUAAUUAUAACAAAUGAAUGAACCCUUGGAGCAAACAUACGUCAUCAUUGCAAUCACUACAUCGCUUAUUGAUGACAAUUUCUAUAAUCAUAAUACAAUUGAAUCUAUUUCCUGUUCAAAGCAGAAUCAGUCCUAUAAAGGGGUAAAUGAUCUUUUAAAAGAACUGAGAGUGAUCAUUUAAGAUGGAAUGAUAAUUACGACGUAUUAUAUAUAUCAUAUAAAUACUAAGUUUGUAAGUUGUUAAUGGUCUGAAUGUUUUGCAGAAUGGGCAACGUUUUUAUUUGAACAUUAUUGUGUCAUGACCUGAAUGAUUAAAAAUAUAAUUAUGUUAUUGGCUUACCUGAGACAUAGCUGUGUGCAUUCUAUAGCUUGCCUGACAUAUCUCAACAAACUAGAUCUAGCUUUGUGCGUUCUAUAGCUUGCCAAACUUCUACAAACUUGACACAGCUGUGUUUGUUAUCUUGCCUGCCAAACCCCAACAAUCAGGAAAUCUAUUGCCUGCCAAACCCCAACUGGAAAAAAUGUGUGUUCGAUUGCUUGCCAAAACCUCAACAAACUGGACAUAGCUGUGUGUGUUCUAUUGACUGCCAAACCACACCAAACUGAUAACCUUGGAUUAAAAGACAUAUCUGUGUGUUCUAUUGCUUGUUCAACCCGACCAAACUGAGCUGCAAAGUGGAAUAUCUGGAUUAUAUGACAUAACUGUGUGUUCUAUUGCUUGCCCAACCCGACCAAACUGGAAACUAUGCCCAGGGUCCCUGAUGAGGAACAACUCAGAUUUCACUCUCCAAAACCACACAAACUCUUCAGAGGCUGACAUCAAUGAUGUUGUUUACAACUGGGAGGUACUGUUGCUACUUCCCAUAAUGCUAUUCGGAAUCAUGGGAAACAUCCUCGUGUGUAUGGCCGUUUCCAUGGAGAAACGCCUGCAGAGCGUGACCAACUACUUCCUGUUGUCGCUAGCGGUGACUGACCUACUUGUGACCAUCAUCGUCAUGCCUUUCAGCAUGGUACACGAGUUCUUCGGUUACUGGCCUUUCGACUACGUGCUCUGUGAUAUCUACGUGACAAGUGACGUGUUCAUGUGCACCUGCUCCAUCCUGCAUCUAUGCACGAUCUCCCUCGAGCGCUACCUCGCCAUCAGCUGUCCCCUAUCCGUCAGAAACAAAUCAAAAGGCGUCGUCAUCAUCAAAAUCUUUCUCGUGUGGAUCAUCGCCGGGGCUAUCACCAGUCCGAUCACUGUUCUCGGUAUGCGUGAUCACAGCAAUAUACUGAACAGCAGUCAGUGCGCUUUGACUAACGAGUAUUUUAUUAUCUAUGGCUCCAUCGGGGCGUUCUUCAUUCCUCUAGGCAUUAUGGUGAUCUCGUAUGGACUAACAGUGCGACUUCUCCACAGGCAGUCCAUAAUGUGCGGACAGGGGCGGGACAAUGAGGGUCAACCGAUGAUACGACGAUCUAUCAGCCGUAGGCCGUACAAGUUCAGACAGAGAGUGAAAUUCGAAAGGAGACGAAUGCAGGAUUGUGUGGAGGCAAACUGCAAGGACUAUAUUGAGUAUCCAAACAGAAGUUUAAGCGUCCAGUCUGAGCGAUCUACCACUCAUGACUAUAUUGAGUAUCCAAAUAGAAGUUUAAGCGUUCAGUCUGAGCGAUCAACCGCUCAUGACACGUCCGACCAAGAAAUGACACCACCCCCAUCACCAAGGUACUCCAAAAACGGAGGCUCAUUGUCACAGAUGAGCACAGUAAUGGAAGAAAACCACAACGGCGUGAAUUGGCGCAAGAAUAGCAACCAUACAGGUAGCACAAUGAGUAUCUCCCCGAACUCACCUAAGCGUUUGAAAACCCUGGUCUCCAAGCAUCACAUUGCUCUAAAGGCUGCAAGCAUCUUGCUUCUGAGAAAAGACGACCUGCAACACACCUCCCCUCGACAUGAACAAGACGAUGUCAACACAGAACAGAGGGCUUCAAAAGUGCUCGGUGUCGUUUUUGCAAUAUUUGUUAUAUGCUGGGCACCAUUUUUUAUUGUGAAUAUUAUGACUGUGCUUUGUAAAUCUUGCCAAUUUGCACCUUUGUUGAUAACUUCUUGCGUAUGGCUGGGUUAUGUGUCAAGCACGUUGAAUCCCAUCAUCUAUACAAUGUUUAAUAAAACAUUCAAGAUGACAUUCAUAAAAUUGUUGAAGUGCCAAUACAAGACAAUACAGAAAUCCUUGAGAGUUCGAUGGCACAGCCAUAAUGGCUACCAGUCCACGUUUAGAACGCAAAGUUAUUACAUGAACGAUGAUAGGGCAGAGUCACAAUUAUGAAUUAUGUUUCCAGCAUGAUUGAAUGCAAACCUCAUUCUUUACAAAAAUAAAACUUAUACAUAUAGCAUCAAAAACUAUAUGAAUCACGGAAAACUACAAUGAACAGCAAAACUACUGCAAAAAGAACUUCAUUUUUAGACGAUAAGACAAUCUGUGAAAUGUUGUGUACAAUGCAAUUGUAAACAUUCAGAUUAAUACACAAUUACAGUUCUUAUAAGAAUAAAUUAGUUGUAUCAAUCUUUUCAAAUAAUAUUAGUUCAAUUUCAAGCAAUUUUAAAAUUCAUUUCUUUACGACAAUCAUAAGUAUACUUUCAAAUGUAAUAUUAUACAUGUUUGUAUCCUUCUUUAAUUCAAUUUGUUGAUAUAUAGAUAUUGUAUACCAUUUUAUUUAUUGAUAAUUUUGUGUUAUAAUGUGAACUUUUGCCUUGCAAAUAUAAUAUGCAUGCUAUUUAUAAAGAAAGCUACAGAAAUAUUCCCAAAUAAACGCUAUUUUAUUUAUUUUUCAAAUAAGGUGAGUUUCCAACAAUAUGGAUCAAGAAAGGGUGUGUACAUUAUGAUAGGGGCAUUUAUGAGGGACUAUACAGUAGUGUAAUUGCUGCGUCCUAUUGUAAAUGAAUCAGAGAAGUUGCAUGGUUCUUGAUAUGUAACUAUGUUUUGUAUGUCUAAAAACAAACUGAAUUGUUUUGUUAUGAACAGAAAUGGGCCACUUAACAGAAAUAAAGAGAAAAUAAAGGUGUGAAUAGAUUCAGUACAUAAUUGAUUA